AUGGCUCAAAGAAACAAUGCAAAUGAGGAUGAUACUAGAAGCAUCAGAGACAUAAACAAUACUGCUGCCCAUUGUACUCCUAGAGGUUUCUAUGCCAAUGCUGCGAAUUUUGAAAUCAAGGGAUCUUUGAUUAGUGCUCUUCCAAGGUUUUAUGGCCUGGCUGGGAAUGAUGCUUAUUUGCAUUUGGAUACUUUAUAUUCAGUGUGUUCAGCCAUGAAACCUCCUGAAGCUAAGCUGGAAGAUGUGCUAAUGAAGGUUUUUCAUUUCUCACUAGAGGGAGGAGCUAAGGAAUGGCUUCAUACCCUACCUCAACAUUAUGCUACACUCACAUGGGAACAAUUGCAGAAAACCUUCUUAGACAAAUAUUUUCCAGCCUCACGUAUCUCCAAGCUAAGAAAGGCCAUUUAUGGGAUUUCACAAAGAGACCAAGAAUCCUUGUAUGACUAUUGGACAAGGUAUUUGACUCUAAUAAAUCGCUGUCCAAAUCAUCAGUGUAGUAAGUCAAACCUUGUGCAAUAUUUCUAUGAAGGCUUACUGCCCUCUUAUAAGAUGAGUAUAGAUGCUGCUACAAAUGGCUCUAUUUUUGCUCUUACACCUAAUAAGGCCUGGGAAUUAUUGGAGACUAUGGCUAACAGCAAUCAACAAUUUUACACAAGAGAUACUGCAGGUGUUAGUGAAGUUACUACAGAUAACUCUCAAGAUAUGCUGGUUCAGUUGUUGUCAAAAAUGGAUAAAAGGCUAGAAAGGUUGGAAAAUGAAAGACAACCGAAGGCUUGUAAUGCUGUAAAUACUUCCCAAGCUCUAGUGGGACCUUCUUGUACUCACUGUGCAUCACCUAUGCAUACUAGUGAGACCUGUCCUGCACACUAUGAAGACCUAGUAGCCAUGUAUCCGAAUAGACCAAAUCAGUUUCAACAAAGAAAUCCCUUUUCCAAUACAUACAAUGAAGGAUGGAGAGAUCAUCCAAAUUUGAGAUGGAGAGAAGGAGGGGAAAGGGCAUCUCAAGGGCUGAAUAGGUUUCAAGAGAGUAGAAAUUCUGCAGAAAAUCAAAGGGCUAUGGUACCUCUACAAGGAGCUUCUUCAUCAAAGAAUGAUGAGAAUUUGACCAAGAUAUUGUCAACUAUGGAAGAAUUGGGGUCUAAAUUGGAUUGUACAAAUGCAGUGAGUAAUUCUAGGUUUGCUGCCUUGGAAAAUAAGUUUGAGCAGUGGGAGACAAAGUCAUCAAAUCUGAAUAGUUUUGUUACACAAAUAGCUAAUACACUCAAUGAAGUUCAAGCAAAAAUAGGAGGUGCACUGCCAUCUAAUACUGUAAUCAAUCCAAAGUCCUUAAAUGCUAUAACAUUGAGAAGUGGAAAGCAAGUGAAAUUUGCCACUGAUGACAAGGAGGAUUAUAAUUCUCAAGUUGCUGCCCAUUUUAAUGAAGGAGAGAGUGAUUGUGAAGAAGGGUGUAUGAAAGAGAAUAGUGCUUAA